AUGGCAUGCAUGAUGCUGCUUUUACCUCAACAAUUAAGGAUUUUGACAGUCCUGACCAAAGUAAAAGUUACCAAAAAGUUAAAAGAACAGAAAAGUGAAAUCAUCUUGCAAGAAAAUUAUUGUAAUGGAUCAAAAUAUGGUUCACCAGGAAAUUUUCACACAUCUGCUCUGCUAUGUCAGAAUGACGAUUCUUCAAAUGAAGAUGAGAAUGUAAUAGACGACCCAGAAUAUAAAGAUUUUGUGGAAGAAUAUCACAAACAUCCUCACAAUGGUCACAGCCUCUUUGUUAUUCAUCCAGCUGUAAGAUAUGAUCGACGUAACCCACAGCUUACAACACCUGAGUUAGAAAUGGAAGAGGCCUGUACACUAGUCAGAACAUUAGAUAAAUGGACCGUUGCUGAACAGAAAAUAGUUAACGUCAACAUUGGUACACUGACAACAGCAAACAUGUUUGGUGCAAAUGUAUUUAAAGAAAUGUGUUCUAAAAUUCCAAACAAGAGGAACAUUUCUGCUGUGUUUCUUAAUGUUAGCCGUUUGAACAAGGCACAGAUUAUGAAUUUUCAGGCACAAUGGCAGCUUCCUGUAUUUGAUAGAUACUCUAUAGUGAUACAAAUUUUCAAACAACAUGCUUUAUCAAAUGUGGCAAAGCUUCAAGUGGCACUUGCUGAAAUUCCAGUAAUAAGAGAUAGGUUAGAAGAACUCAAUGCUGCCAAUCCACGUCAAAUUCAGAGUGGUCUUGCCAAGUCAGCUCAUGGUCGUGGUGCUAAAACUCCAUUACAAAUCAGAAAGGCUUUACUACAGGACACAGAAAGAAAGUUAAAGAAGGCACUUGCUAAGGUUAAAAAUCAAAGAGAACUUCUUAGAACAAGUAGAAAACGGAAAGAACUUCCAACUGUAGCAGUUGUUGGCUAUACAAACAGUGGUAAAACAACACUGAUAAAAGCGCUGACAGGUGAUGAGAGAAUGCUACCAGAAAACCAGCUGUUUGCCACACUAGAUGUCACUGCACAUGGUGGACUAUUGCCCAAUAAAAUGACAGUGUUAUAUAUGGAUACUGUAGGAUUUAUAUCUAAUCUUCAUCAUAAUUUGAUAGAUGCAUUUUCUGCCACGCUAGAGGAUGCUUUGGCUGCUGAUAUAGUUCUCCAUGUAAGAGAUGUCAGUCAUCCAGAUGCUGUCAAUCAAAAAGUUGGUGUGAUGAAGAUAUUGAAGGAAAAACUGACCAAAGAUCAAAUGGACAAUAUUAUAGAAGUCUGUAAUAAAGUGGACAAACUUUCACAGAAUUAUUUCUGUGAAGGCAAUGAAAUGCCUAUAUCUGCUGUGACAGGACAAGGCUUAGAUGUUUUAGUGGAAAAAAUACAACACAAAUUAUUAGGAGAAAACUCUAUAUAUUUAGAGAAAAGACUGAGAAUUCCUGAUUCUGGAGACCAGCUGAGUUGGCUGUAUCAAGAGACCAAAGUACAAGACAUACAAACAGACACUGAAAAUCAUCUUAUUGUAGAUGUUGUGAUCUCAAAAACAGCUUAUGAAAAAUUUAAAAGUAGAUUUUAUAAUGUGAAACAGAAAACAGACUUUCCAAAAAUUAAAAGAAGUUAAAAAAGAUAUAUAUCAACUGUUGGCAUCA